UUGUAUAAAAUGCUCAGUUUGGAAACAGAAAAGUUAACAGUCAACUUGCUCAGACUACUAAUACUAAUACUUUUAAACAAAUUUUAUCUCUUAUAUCAAAAUGGUAAAGUUUUUGGUUAUCGUUUCUCUUAUUUUCACCCUUUCGUUGGCUUUUACUUCAGCUGAAGAUGACCUCGAUAUUUCUCCAAUUCCGUUACUACUUUGGGCUGCUUCUGAUCCUUUCGAAGAAAUUGAAGUAGAAAAAAUUAACAUGUACAAUUUCGUCAAAUUUACUGAAGCUCAUCGAGCAGAAAUCAACAAAUUCUACGAAAAUGAUGAUAUAUUGGGUGUUACACGUCUAAUGGAGGAUAAUGCAGAGGAAUCGGGAACUGUUGGAGUUGAUUGGCAAGCAGUUGCAGCAAAGAUCGCUUUCAAAAAACAAACUGGUUUGACUGAGGAUAAAGAACAUGGUGUUCCCUCUUUGGUUGCAUGGGCCAUGAGAAAUACUGGACCAGGAACAUCGCAUCCAUCAGUUGUUCGCACUGAUCUGCUCAUCUUUAUCCUCAUACAUAAGAACAUAAUCAUUGAAUAUUUAGACAAUGGUGAUGUUAAAGGUUUGGUCAAUUAUAUGGUUUUAACAUCAAAUUUAUCAGGAACCACAAGCGUCGAUUGGAAUGAAGUUAUUCAUUAUCUUAAGGACGAAAGACAAUUGUAUCAAUUCCCUUGUGGUUUCAUGUACCUUGAACUUUGCGACAGAACUAAACAGUGAAAUAAGUUGAUUACAUAAAAAUGGUAAUUCCUCCAUUGCUUAACAAGAAAAUUCAAUAAAUAUUUAAUUUUUGCAAACACAA